ACCUUGUUUAUGCAGUACUCAAGGGCAGAGCCCGACAGGCAGUGCUGGACCUCAUCCACCGGGAGCGGGAGGGAGAGUCGAUCGACAGGACAUUGAUAAAGAACAUCCUGGACAUCUACAUAACCAUGGGCAUGAACUCGAUGGAGUGCUACGAAGGUGACUUUGAGGGUCAGCUGUUGAACACAACAGCGGAGUACUACAGGGGCAAGGCCGUGAAGUGGAUCCAGGAGGACUCGUGCCCCGAGUACAUGAUCAAAGCUGAGGAGUGCCUGAAGCAGGAGGAGGAGCGGGUGAACAACUACCUGCACCAGUCCAGCAAGCCCAAACUGCUGAAGCAGGUGGAGACUGAGCUGCUGGCAGAGCAUCGGCAGGCCCUGCUAGAAAAGGAAAACUCUGGGUGCAGGUCGCUGCUCAGGGAUGACAAGACUGAUGACCUGGCACGCAUGUUUCGACUCUUCAAUCGCAUCCCCAGUGGCUUGGAACCGGUGGCCACAAUGUUCAAGAGCCACAUCGAGGGGGAGGGCAUGAAGCUCGUGAGGGAUGUCACCUUUGCAGUGGAGGAGAAGAAGGGGAAGGAAUCAGGUCGACCAUCACGUGACUCGGGGAGUGGCCACGAGCAAAAGUUUGUGAGGGAUGUGAUUGAGCUUCAUGACAAGUAUAUGCAGUACGUGACAACAUGUUUCUCAAACAGCCCACUGUUCCAUCGGGCACUGAAGGACGCGUUCGAGUCUUUCUGCAACAAGAAUGUGGCUGGCAGCUCAGCAGCUGACCUUUUUGCCAAUUUCUGUGACAACCUCCUGAAAAAGGGUGGAAGUGAGAAACUUUCUGAUGAAGCCAUCGAAGAGACCCUGGAGAAGGUGGUAAAGCUGUUGGCCUACAUCAGUGACAAGGACUUGUUCGCUGAGUUCUACAGGAAGAAACUUGCACGGCGACUGCUGUUUGACAAGAGUGCCAGCGAUGAGCAUGAGCAGACGAUCCUGUCACGACUCAAGCAGCAGUGCGGUGCGCAGUUCACCUCCAAGAUGGAAGGUAUGGUUACAGAUCUGCAGCUUGCCCGGGAGAAGCAGCGGGAGUUUGAAGAGUGGGUUGGAGAGCAUGAGAAACAGGUUGGCAUAGAUAUGGGCGUCCAGGUGCUGACUACAGGCUUCUGGCCUACCUACAAGGCCACAGAUCUUGCCUUGCCUGAGGAGAUGGCAGAGGGAGUGCGUGUCUUCCUAAGCUCACCAAAAGAAGAGAUGGAGUUCUAUGAGGACACCACCAAGCACAGGCGACUGAGUUGGAUAUACACUCUGGGCACCUGCCUGGUGAAGGCCAACUUUGACACCCGGGUGUCUGAGCUGACACUAUCCACUCUGCAGGCAGCUGUGUUGCUGGCCUUCAACAAUGGAGAGGAGCUCACCUAUGAAGAGAUCAAAGAUCGGCUGAACCUCCAAGAUGAUGAUAUUGCACGAUGCCUGCAUUCCCUGGCCUGUGCAAAGUACAAGAUACUUAUCAAGGAGCCCGAUGAUAAGAAGAUCAACAAGAGUGACAAGUUUCGGGUCAAUGCAAAGUUCACGGACAGGAUGAAGAGGAUCAAAGUGCCGCUACCACCGGUGGACGAAAAGCGCAAGGUCAUUGAGGAUGUGGACAAGGAUCGACGAUAUGCGAUCGAUGCUGCUGUAGUGCGAACGAUGAAGUCGAGGAAGCGCAUGCAGCACCAGCAGCUUGUGUUGGAAGUGUGCCAGCAGCUCCAACGAAUGUUCAAGCCAGACAUACGGCUCAUCAAGAAGCGCAUUGAGGACCUGAUCGGGCGGGAGUACCUUGAGCGUGACCAAGACAACAAGAACAUCUACAACUACCUUGCGUGA